UCAGACAGGAAGAAGGGCGGCAAGGGGAGGGAGAACUGAGAGAAGCGAGGGGUUCUGUAUAUCGUGUGGGAGCAGGGAAGCAGACAACGAAUACGACUACGAUUGCUUACGAAACCUCGCGACGUCAACGUAUAACAAAACUUUGUUUAAAAUACGUAUAGUGCUUUUUAAAGACAUAUGAGAAACAAAAGUGUAUGAUUGAAAGUUUGAUCGGACUUAUAGUGAAAUCGUGCAGUGACAGUGUCUACGGCGUGUUCGAAAACGUGAUAGGUGUGACUGCGCAGUCGCCAUGUGCAGUUAUUUAAACGGACUAAAAGUGAUAUUUUAAUAAGAAAUAUCUAUAUAAAAUGGCAAGGAAAAAAGAUAUUGAACUGCUAAGAAUAUAAUAGUGGGAAGAAUACUUCUUUGUGUAAAGGAAGUUUAACUUCAAAUAAUAAAAAGGUGUGGGAAAACAUGACAGAUGUUAAACCAAUUGGAAUCUCACAAAAUCAACCACAGCAAACACAACAACAAUCACAACAGCAGCAACAGCAACAAUCACAACAACAACAGCAGCCCCAGCAGCAGCAGCAACAACCUCAACCGCAACAAAUGAUGAUUGCAACCCAUGAUAUUCAACAACAGCAAAAUGUACAGCAGCAGCAACAGCAUGUUCAACAACAACCUUCUCAGCAACAGCAAGUACAACAGCAAGCACAGCAACAAGUACAAUCUCAACAAGUUCAACCACAACAACAAAUACAGCAACAAGUGCCAUCACAGCAACAAAUGCAAGUUCAGCAACAAGUGCAGCAACAAGUUCAGCAACAGCAGCAGCAGCAGCAGCAAUCUCAGCAACAGCAAUCUAACAGUGGACCCCAUAACGUUGUUCCAACACAAGUGCAAGUGCAACCACAGGUAGCAGCAAUUAUGCCUCAACAACAGGGUGCUGUAGCAGUAUCAAUGCAACAUCAGCAACAAGGAGUUGGCGGAGGUGUAUCUAUGACUUUAUCUGGACAACAAGGAGCAACAACUAUAACUACUAUGGCUGCACAUCCACAAGCAGUACAAGUUAUUCAGCAACCUAUGCAGAACCAAGCAUAUCAUUUACAGCAACUUUAUAAUACUCAAGGAACUCCGUUAUUGAUGCCAGGGAACUUAGCUUUACAUCCAGCUGGAAUCAAUCCUUCUUCAAUACAGGUCAUAACUGCUGGAAAGCCAUUUCAAUCUGCUGCUCAAUUGACACCUCACAUGCUGACGACUGCAUCAACACAGGGUCAAGGUGGUGGCCAUCCAGGAGCUGGAGGAAAUAAAGUUCCAGGAUUUCCUACAGGUUAUUUACCAGUACCUACUUCUGCUACACCUGGUGCAGGACAAACCCUAGUAUUUGGUCAACUUGGUGUACUGGGUUCUCCACAACCACCUCCAUCCCUACAGCAACAGCAACAACAACAAUCUGCAAACAAACAAGAUCAAGUACAAAAGUAUACUACGUGCACAGCUGCUACCCCAUCCGGCGGACGCGGUGGUAUGCAGUUUGCUCCUUGGCAGUUUACACCACAAGUUGCUUGGGCUGGAAUACAGCCACCAACACUUCUCACUAACCAAAUAUUUAUCAGAGGUCCUACACAACCUGAUAUGUUCAUACAAAGUCCACAACCAAUUCAAGCUCACAAUGCACUAGCUACGCAACAACAAAUUCAGGGAGUACAACAAAUUGCUGCAGCUAGUGGAAAACCAAAGGUAAUGGAUAUACAACAACAACAACAGCAACAGGGUAAGCAGAGCACAGGUGGACAGCGGCCUUUGAGUAUCUUACCGUCCUCUCUACAAGCAGUACAAGCUGCCAAUAUACGAGCCAGUUCAGUUUCUACGCAAACCGUUCACGGAGUACAAACCACGGUACAUAUACAGAUCAUUAGCAGUGGAAAAGGAAGCGGUAGUAGUGGUAAAGGCCGUGGUAAACCACUGCAAUCGCCGCAACAACCGCAGCAACAGUCACAACAAACGAUGCAACAACAACAUCAACAGGUUUUUAUUCAACAGAAACAGCACACGCAGCAGCAGCAACAGAUGCAGCAGCAGUAUCAACAGCAGCAAGUACCGCAACAACAAAUACAGCCUAAACCAAUAAUGACAAAUAUGGCUCUGCAACAGCAACAACAACAAGGUGUAGUUCUUGGUGGAGAGCGACCGAUUAUGCCUGUGGUUUCAGUGGGCGGAGUUGGAGUUGGGGUUGGCGUUGGAGUCGCUACAUCUCAAAUGAAUCAAGUACAACAGUCUCAGAUGUCUGCUGUACAACAAUUACCAUUGCAGGCAAUCAAUUCGACAAUAAUUGGUAGCCAAAUAGUUAGUGGAUCGACAUCACAGGUUCAAACAAUGUCUAUGGUAAAUCAUUCAACGGAUCAGCAAUCACAUGAUAACAAUAAUUCUACAAUAAUGAUCACAUCACCCGAUCGUAAUCAUCAGGCUGAAUGUUCUUUAGUAUUACCAUCUGCUACAAGUACUCCCGUAACAAAUGACGAGACUUCAAAAGCAAUAUUGAAAAAGGAAGAAAUAAUGCCACUUACGAUAGAAGAAAUUACAUUACCUCAAUCAGAAACGACAGAUGGGGACCAAUCUAAUAAAGUACCUAUAAAAGAAGACGAAAAUUCACCAGUAAAGAGUGAGGAAAAAGCAUGUAACAAUCCCUUGGCAGGAUUGGCAAAUACGAUAAAUUCUAUUACGAAUGGUGUUAUUAACGAAGAAUCUGCAGCGAUUCCCGUUCCUGUACCGAUUACCGCAAAUAACAAACAUGUGCCUCCGAAAGCAAUGGUCAAACCACAAGUUCUUACACAUGUAAUUGAAGGUUUUGUCAUACAAGAAGCAUCUGAACCAUUUGCUGUUAAUCGAACGUCAUUAAACAAUACAGUUAAUCAGGAAACAAGUAAUAUUUUAAAUCGUAAUAAUUCAUCAUCUGAGAAAGAGAAUCAUGAGGAACCUCCGCGGAAGAAACAUGCACCUAAUUAUCCCAGUGAUGAAGAUACAAAUAAUCAAAUUGGAAAAUGCGAAGGUUGUGGAAGUUUAGUAGAUGAGCAAAAUACUAAAUUUAAAAAGGAAAAGCGAUUUUGCUCUUCUGGUUGUGCAAAGAGCAAAAAACGAGAAGUCAGAGAUCGUGACGGUACUGAAAAACAGUGGACUGACAUAGAGACUGAAUCAAAAAAUGAAGGAGAUAUGAAGAAGAAUGGAGAAGAAAAGUCACUAUCUACUACAACCACUACAUCUUCUAUUGAUGAAACACUGCCGAAAAUUAAUCCUGUGAAAUGGACUGUUAGUGAAGUGUGUGAUUUUAUACGCGGUUUACCGGGAUGUGCUGAUUAUGCGGAAGACUUUGCUAUUCAAGAAAUAGAUGGACAAGCACUUAUGUUACUCAAAGAGGACCACCUUAUGUCGGCUAUGAGUAUUAAAUUGGGUCCUGCACUGAAAAUCGUAGCCCGAAUCGAUUCGAUGCGUGUAGAAUCAUUGUCAAAUUCUAACCCCACAUCUAAUAGUUCGUAA